AUGCACAAAGGGUCUAUAGCUCAAGCAUUGGAUGCUGACAAAAUAGAAGUUCCUUCACCAAAGGAAGAAAGUAAUUCCACCGAUUCGGAAGCUGCUACAGAUACUGAAAACUUUGAAAUUAGUGAUGACGACGAUGAUGAUCGUAAUCACAAGCACCGAAGAAGAGAGGCUAUGCCUCAACCUUUUGGUGAGAGUAUCGAAGAGCAAGCUGCAGGGAGGCCUUUUAAAAGAAGGCCCAGGAUUUCUGGUAAUGGGCAGCCUUUUGGUGGAGCUGAUUCACGUGGGGAAGCACAGAACAACUUCAUACCAAAAUUCAAGAGGCGUCCUGGACCAGGAGCUCACAGUCGGGGAGGUAGAGUGAACCAGUCCUUCCAUUCAGCUUCUGCUGCUGCUCGCCCUCCUAUGGCACGGGGAAGAGGACGGAAUGGUGCACCCUGGACUCAUCAUGACCCAAGAUUUAACACACUUGACAUGAUUGAUUUUGCAUCACAGAUGGCCUCACAAGGACCACCCACACAUCCUAACUUAUUUAUGGGUCCUCCACUGCCGAGUGGCGGUGGUGCUCAAAACGGUCCGUGGGGUCCGUAUGGAUUUAUGCCUGGAAUGCCUAAUGGAAUGAUGGAUCCAAUUCACCCACUUGGAAUGCAGGGCCCUAUUCAGCCUCCUUUAAUUGAUCUUGGCAUGCCUCGUCAACGUUGUAGAGACUUUGAGGAGCGUGGAUUUUGCUUGAGAGGGGAUAUGUGCCCCAUGGAGCAUGGUGUAAAUAGAAUUGUUGUCGAAGAUAUGCAGAGCCUAUCACAGUUCAAUCUUCCAGUCUCAGUUCCAAAUGCUCCAGGACUAGGAAUCCAAAGUGAGACAGGAACUGCUCAUGUUAACUUAACAAACCUAGGGGGCAGUAAAGGUGUUCCUGCAAAAGAUAUCAAAUCUGGUGUGGCAGAUAACCCAUCGAAGCUAAAUGGAAGCACUGCUUCAGCUGUUGCUGAUGCAGAUGUAUAUGAUCCUGAUCAGCCCCUGUGGAACAAUGAACGGCCUGAAGCAUCUAGUGCUGGUUUUGCACAUACUAAUGAUGGAAUAUGGAAUGCUGAAACCUCAAGCUAUGAAGCAGGGUGGGAGCAUGCAAAUCAGGGUUUUGCAGCUGAUGAUUCACAAAAUCCAAAGUCUUCUGUUUGGGGGAGAAUAGCAUCAAAGAGAAAACCCGGGCCUGGCAAAACAGCUAAUACUACUUCGACGAGUGCAACUGGAAACCAAAGAAGUGACUACAAUGAUGAUAUGGCUCCUAGCACUGUCCAAGUAAAGCCUGCUUCUAUUAAGGAUACUAAUGGUCGACCCAGUUCAAGAAUGUCUGCAGAUGUGGGCCGGCAAAGUAAUAGUAGGACCUCUCACAAAGCAUCUCGCACACUUUAUGUAAAUGGCAUUCCACCAGAAAGUAACAGAUGGGAGGCCCUUCUGUCGCACUUCGAAAAAUUCGGUCAAGUAAUAGAUAUAUAUGUUCCAGCUAACAGUGAGAAAGCUUUUAUCCAGUUCUCUAAAAGGGAAGAAGCUGAAGCUGCCCUAAAAGCUCCAGACGCUGUGAUGGGAAACCGUUUUAUAAGGCUAUGGUGGGCGAACAGAGACAGGAUUACUGACGAGGGAGAUGGUAGAAUCUCUGCGAAACCUCCUCUGUCAAAUUCUGCCCUUCCCCAACCAUCUUCAUCCAACAGAGGCAAGGAUCUUCAAUCUACAACUCCAAGGGCCAGUUCUGGAUCUUCUGCAUCAGGCCCUGGUAUAGGUCCUAAAAAGUUGCCUGCCAACAGUAUAACAUCAAUACCUCCCCCUGCUCCCAAAAGGCAAGAAAAUCUGGAAAUGCUGGAAGCAAUUCGUAAAAAACAAGAUAUGUUAGCUCAGCAGCGUGACGAGUUACUUCAGCGGUUAGAGAAAUAUGCGAAACAAUACUGGUUUCUACUAAUGCAGACAAGUUCAGCAAAUUCAGUAAAACAGGCAGAGGCUGGUGGAAAAACAGUUGGGUCAAAUGCUGUGGGGAAAGUGGGCGAUGUCAGUUCCAUGAACACUGGGACAGAAGGGCCGCAAGAGGUCGCUGGUACACUGGAAAAGAAAAUUUCUGGGGAGAUGGCUUCAUCUUCCCCAAAAUAUGCUCCAACAUCCACACAGAAACCAGCUGUAGCUGCGAGGCAGCUGUCUCCUCUGUUAGCACCACCGCAGAAUAGGUUUAAGCUUGACAACCGGACCACAUCGUUUAGGAUCCUUCCUCCUUUGCCACCUGAAAUCGCAAAUGAAACUGUCUUGAAAGAUCAUUUUGCAGCAUUCGGUGAGCUUUCAUCUGUUGUACUGGAAGACACCGAAGCCCACAACCAUGAUACAACCUUAAAGCCUUCCCUGAGUUGCUCGGCUUGUGUGACGUAUGCAACGCGGCAAUCUGCUGAGAAAGCAUUUAUUAGUGGCAAAUCUUGUAAAGGGCACAUGCUACGGUUUAUGUGGUUGACGGCCUCUCCUGGCUCUAAUAACCAAUCAAUACCUCAGAAAAGUUUAAUUCCCGUCAGGCCCACUGGCAUCUCAGGCCAAACUGGCAACAUGACAUCUGAGUCCCAAAGCCCUGUUGGGAAAAUCUCAUCUGCUGCCACAUCUGGUACAGCAGCCAUUCCUUAUAGUGAAUCCGUUCCAAGUGCAGAAAGUUCAAAGACAUUUCCUAUUGGGAUUUCCAAAGAAUUAUCUUCCAGUUCCUCUCUAUCAUCAAAUGUGGAGUGUCCUCCUGGAAAUGAUUCCACAAUGAAUGCCGUCUUUACAGACCCUGGUGUUGCGCAGUGA